CCGUGGAGUAAUGCUCAUAAAUUACUGUACCAAAUUGGAGUAAUUACUCCUACUACUACUACACCCCUCUCCUCUCUCUCGCCAGAAAAGCAUUCAAAGCACAAGUGGAUUAGCACAGACUACUGCAGAGAUCAACCCCCAUAACCUUCAAUCACAGUUCCACACGCAGGGAAAGACACCCUCUCUCUCUCUCUCUCUCUCUCUCUCUCUCUCUGCCUCUCGAAAACUCCUCCUUGUUUUUUUUCCCUCGUCACUUCUAGUAGGUCAUUGUCGCCGCCUAUACCUAAGUCCCCUGCUUCUCUCCAUUCGGCUAUAAAUCGUUGUCAGAUGUAACAAGAAUCUCUGCCUGCGCACCUACAAUCAUAAAGACCCCCAUCUCUCUCUCUCUCUCCCUGCAAACCAUUAGCCUCCUCUGUCCUGAUAUCUUUCUCUCACUGUCUCUUCAUUUCUCUCUCGCCCUUUUCACCCUUCCAAUCACCCCCUGUUUCCUGUAUUCAACUCUUCUUCACCAUUAUUACCCUCUGCUUUUCUCUACCAAAAAACGAGAGGAGACAUUACUCACCACUACUUUAAGGAGGGUUUCAAACCCAUUUAUCUCAUCUCAAGCUCCAAAAAUGGAGGAUAAAGGAUCAGAUUUUUUCUCCCACAAGAACCCCACAACCAUCCAGGUAAUACAAGAGCUAAAAGAGCUAUGGGGCAUGGCCCUGCCCAUAACAGCAAUGAACCUUUUGGUCUACGUCAGGGCAGUAGUUUCCGUCCUCUUCUUAGGCCGGCUCGGCAGCCUCGAGCUAGCCGGCGGUGCGCUCUCCAUUGGCUUCACAAACAUCACCGGCUACUCCGUCCUGAACGGCCUCUCCUCCGGCCUCGAGCCGGUCUGCAGCCAAGCCUACGGCAGCAAGAACUGGGACCUUCUCUCACUCUCUCUCCAACGCAUGGUCUUCAUCCUUUUGACAGCAAUCAUACCCAUCAGCAUCUUAUGGGUCAACCUCGAGUCCAUCAUGGUCUUCAUGGGCCAGGACAGGGAGAUCACCGCCACGGCUGCGGAGUACUGCAUCUACUCCCUCCCUGACCUCCUGAUAAACACGCUGCUGCAGCCGCUACGUGUUUAUCUACGGUCACAGGGGGUGACCAAGCCGAUGAUGUACUGCAGCUUCGUGGCGGUGAUCUUCCACGUGCCGUUGAAUUAUGUCUUGGUGGUGGUGGUUGGGUGGGGGGUGAAGGGGGUGGCGGUGGCCUCGGUGGUGACGAACCUGCACAUGGUGGUGCUGAUGGCGGGGUACGUGUACGUGUACAGGAGGUGGGAGGGGAGGUGGACGGUGGGGAUCUGUUAUCGUGGGGUGGUUGAUUUUGGCGGGCUGGGUCCGCUGCUUAGACUGGCCGUGCCAAGUUGUAUUGGGAUUUGUCUGGAGUGGUGGUGGUACGAGAUUGUGACGGUGCUGGCGGGGUACUUGCCGAGUCCAAGGCUGGCGGUGGCGGCCACCGGGGUGAUGAUUCAGACCACUAGUCUUAUGUACACUGUGCCCAUGGCCUUGGCUGGCUGUGUCUCUGCCAGAGUAGGCAAAGAGCUUGGAGCUGGGAAGCCGUACAAAGCCAAGUUGGCUGCAAUGGUAGCAUUGGGCUGCGCACUGGUGAUUGGCUUCAUCAACGUCUUGUGGACGGUGAUCUUUAGAGAGAAGUGGGGUGCCCUAUUCACAACCGAUGAGCUGGUCAAAGCCCUUGUUGCUUCCGUUAUGCCAAUCAUGGGGCUGUGUGAGCUCGGGAACUGUCCACAAACCACUGGAUGUGGGAUUCUACGCGGGACUGCCAGGCCGGCCGUGGGUGCCCGUAUCAAUCUAAUCUCCUUUUACUUUGUGGGCACUCCAGUAGCCGUUGGCUUAGCCUUUUGGCUGAGGGUCGGCUUCGGUGGGCUUUGGUUUGGGCUCUUGUCGGCUCAAGCCGCUUGCGCCGUGUCUGUAAUGUAUGCUGUGUUGGUGCGUACUGAUUGGGAAGGUGAGGCGUUGAGGGCUAAGAAGCUUACAGGAAGUGGUUUGGAAAUGAUUGUUGGUACUAAUUGCAAUGGGUUGAGGAGAGAGGAUGUUGAAAAUGGUGAAGAGAGAAAAGGGUUCUUGGCAAGUGAGAGCAUGGAUGAUGUUUUGUAGAGAGGUAGAGUGUGUGGGGGUACGUAUAACUUGAAAGAUAUUUUGAGAGAGGUGAAGUUAGUUCUUUUUAGUUGUCAAGGAUUUGAAAAAGAAAAGUUACUUUUGGAAAAAUGUGUUAUGGUAAAUGAAAGGACAAAAGGGAACACAAUUGGCGGAAAAUUUGUAAGAAUAUUAAAAGUGUAUUUGUUUAACUAUGAAUAGAGCUAGCUUUUUUGCUU